AUGAUUCCAGGAGAAGGAAAGUGCGGGCUCCGCUCGGCGCCUCCUUCCGCGGCCUUUGUGCGCGCCGGUGCCGCGCCUGCGACGGUCCGAGCGUCGGGCGACGGCUCUCCGGUCGGCGCGGACGGCACGGACUUGGGGGCUGGCCGCCGCUGCACCCGCAACCCAGCGCCCUCUGUCCCCCCUCGUCGAUGUUUCCCGGCGGAGGGGGGUGUGACUGAAAGCAGGCGGGAUCCCGGUGGUGGAGGAGGAAGAGGAGUGAGAUUUUACGCUGCGUUUUCGGAGAAAAGGCCGGCAAGUCGCAGCCAGACUUACGAGGUUGCCAUGGCCCACCUGAGGCGUGUGAUCCAAAUGGCCUCCUCCAUUCAGCCCCUGUCCUCUGGGCGAAGCAUCCGAUGGUUCAGCAGUGGGACGGGGCAGCCACCAGAAAAGAGUGUCCCGUACCAGAGGACACUGAAGGAACAAGCCCCACGAGGGCUUGGGCCCACCAAGCCCCUCCCAGCUUCAGCAGAUGUUGUGGUGAUUGGGGGGGGCAGCAUUGGAUGCCAGACCACCUAUCACCUGGCCAAGAUGGGGCUGACCAGCGUUGUGCUACUGGAAAGGCACCGCUUGACGUCUGGCACUACCUGGCACACUGCAGGUCUGCUGUGGCAGUUGCGUCCCAGCGAUGUGGAGGUGGAGCUGCUGGCUUACACUCGAGAUGUGGUCAGCCAGCAGCUGGAGCAGGAGACAGGGCUCGACACGGGCUGGAUCCAAAACGGUGGCCUCUUCAUUGCAUCCAACAAGCAGCGACUAGAUGAAUACAAAAGACUCAUGUCUCUGGGUAAAGUCUACGGCAUUGAGUCAUACAUCCUGUCUGCCGCGGAAACGAAAGAGUUGUACCCUUUGAUGAAUGUGGAUGACCUCUGUGGCACUCUCUAUGUCCCCAAGGAUGGUACGAUGGAUCCUGCUGGGACCUGCUCGACCCUUGCCCGGGCAGCCAGCGGCCUGGGAGCUCAGGUUAUUGAGAACUGCCCUGUGACGGGCAUUGAGGUUAGAACAGAUGACCUGGGGAUCCGAAGGGUGUCAGCCGUGGUGACGGACAAUGGAGCCAUCCAGACACCCUGUGUGGUGAAUUGUGCAGGUGUGUGGGCCCAGAGCCUGGGCAGGAUGGCAGGUGUCCAUGUGCCCCUGGUAGCAAUGCAUCAUGCCUAUGUGGUGACUGAGAGGAUCGAGGGAAUCCAGAACAUGCCAAAUGUUCGAGAUCACGAUGCAUCAGUGUAUCUGCGUCUCCAAGGCGAUGCCCUUUCUGUGGGUGGAUAUGAGUCAAAUCCAAUCUUCUGGGAGGAGAUUCUGGACAAUUUUGCCUUUGGCCUCUUUGACCUGAACUGGGAUGUGUUCAUGCAGCACAUUGAAGGAGCCAUCAAUCGCGUCCCCAUCCUGGAGACCACAGGGAUCAAAUCCACUGUCUGUGGCCCAGAAUCCUUUACUGCUGACCACAAACCCUUAAUGGGAGAAGCACCGGAGCUGCGUGGCUUUUUCCUGGGCUGCGGUUUUAACAGCGCUGGAAUGAUGCUUGGUGGCGGCUGUGGUAAGGAGCUUGCCCACUGGAUCAUCCAUGGGCAUCCUGAGAAGGACAUGUACAGCUAUGAUAUCAGGAGGUUUCACUGCUCCCUCACCAGCAACAAAUGCUGGAUCCGGGAACGGAGCCAUGAGGCAUAUGCAAAAAACUACUCAAUCGUUUUUCCAUAUGAUGAGCCUCUGGCAGGACGCAACAUGAGGAAAGACCCACUCCAUGAGGAGCUUCUGCAGCAGGGCUGUGUCUUCCAGGAGAGGCACGGGUGGGAGAGGCCAGGCUGGUUUAACCCACGUGGCAAGGCACCGGUUUUGUAUUAUGACUACUAUGGUGCGUAUGGCCAACCCACCCGUGGAGACUACAUCUAUAACCAGUUACUGUCAGAUGAAUACACCUUUGAUUUCCCACCUCACCACGAAAUUAUCAGGAACGAAUGCUUAACCUGCCGGAAUGCAGUGGCCGUGUUUGACAUGUCUUACUUUGGCAAGUUUUACCUUGUUGGCCCCGAGGCCAGGCAGGCAGCCAACUGGCUAUUUACUGCAGAUGUGAGCAAACCUCCAGGAGCAACCACUUAUACCUGCAUGCUAAAUAAGCGUGGGGGAGUCGAGAGCGAUCUGACGGUCAGCCCUGUCGAGCCCAGCACCCAGGACUCAGCGCUGGCACCAGCGUUUGAAGGUGACGGCUACUACCUUGCUGUUGGGGGCGCUGUGGCACAGCACAACUGGUCCCACAUCAGCACAGCUCUGCAGGACAAGAAGUUCCGGUGCCAGUUGAUCGACCGGUCAGAGGAGCUCGGCAUGAUCAGCAUCCAAGGACCUUGCAGCCGUGCCGUCCUGCAGGAAGUGCUGGACACGGAUCUCACCAAUGAGGCUUUUCCAUUCUCUACACACAAGCUGGUGAAGGCUGCAGGCUGCAUGGUCCGAGCCAUGAGACUGUCGUUUGUGGGGGAGAUGGGCUGGGAGCUGCAUGUGCCCAAGGAGCGCUGUGUCCAGGUCUACCGCUCGGUCAUGCAGGCUGGGGCCAAGCAUGGCGUCACCAAUGCUGGCUACAGGGCUAUUGACUCUCUCAGUAUUGAAAAAGGUUACAGGCACUGGCAUGCUGACCUCCGCUCUGAUGACAGCCCCCUGGAAGCAGGCUUGGCCUUCACGUGCAAACUUAAAUCAGACAUCCCUUUCCUUGGACGGGAAGCCAUGGAGGCCCAGAGAGCAGCUGGAAUAUUCCGCCGUCUGGUCUGCUUCACCAUCGAUGAAAAGCUGCCCCUGUUUGGCCUGGAGGCCAUCUGGAGAAAUGGCCGCGUUGUGGGGCAUGUCCGCAGGGCAGACUUUGGGCAUGCUAUCAACAGAAGUGUUGCAUAUGGGUACAUCUGUGAUCCUGAAGGAAUGCCAGUCUCCCUUGAAUUUGUGAAAACCGGUGAAUACAAGUUAGAAAGGAUGGGGGUUUCCUAUCCUGCCAAAGCCCACACAAAAUCUCUCUUCGAUCCAGAGAACAAGAGAGUGAAAGGGAUCUACUGAGCUGGGCAGGCAAAGACCUCUGGUGAAAAGUUGAGAGAGUGUGAGAAUGCUGGGAAAGGCCAGCUGUUAGGCACCAAUAUUUCUGCAGUUCCCACAGCACCCUGCAAACAUAUGAAGAGCCCUUGGGCUGGAUCAGGCCACAGGAGGUCCAGCUGGCCCAGUGCAGUGGUACCUCGGCUCACAAACGCCUCAGUUCGUGACC